AUGCAGACUGAUGCCACCCAGCCGAAGGACCAGAAGCCCGACAUCGACGUGGACAAGAAGCAGACUGGUGCCACCCAGCCGAAGACUGACGAGCCCGACAUCGACGUGGACAAGAAGCAGCUGCAGACUGGUGCCACCCAGCCGAAUGACCAGAAGCCCGACAACGACGAAGCGUGGAGAAAGGACAAGCAGGGGCGCUGGCUCACGCCACAUGCCUUGUACAUGCGCUUCUACAGGACGACGAACUCCUUGGAAACGGAGGAGUCCUACGAAUGGUGGACGUACGGGACAAUGGUGAAGCAGCUGGGACCCGAUCUGGCAAGCGACUUAAAGCAGCGGCACGAAGCAGCAGAUCCGCGAAGGACAGGGAGGUUCGUGAGAGAGCACCCUGACUUCCCCGGCAUCGAGGAGCAGUACAGAUACAAGAACUUUGCGAGCGGAAGAGAGACCAAGCGCCGCACCGAGCUGCAUGAAGCCGAGAUCUCGCAGACAGCCGACGUCCAGGAGGAGGACGCCUUCGAGGCAAUGGAGAAGCUGCUGGCAGAGCAGGAGAGCGUGCACACCUUCAGCACCGGAGAGACCAAGCCGAAGCCGAAGAAGGAUCAGAAGCCGAAGAAGGAAAAAACGUGGGCACAGCUUGCCAAGGAGGCCGUUGCAGACACGAAAGCCAAUGUGGAGCUCACCGAGUACGAAGGCUUCGAGAAGUCAUUGCAAGACGCCGGAGUGUCUGAGAACUUCCGUGAGGCCCUCAUGAAGGAUGUUGAGCCGUGCCGCCAUUGGUUGUCCGGGCUGAAGCAUGACCUCGCGACGGCGGUGGGGAACAAGGUGACCGAGAUCGAGAUGAAAGCGAAGGAGACCCAGAGGGCCAUCGUCGAGUUCAAAAUGCGUGCCACCCCGAUUCGUGAUGCUAUCAAAAAGGCGAAUGCUACGGCUAAGCCCAAGGGGAAAGCCAAGGCGAAGGGAAAAGCUAGGAAGUAG